GAAGCCUCUUUUCUCGAGGUCUCAUCUAAACGGGUCCGAUAUAAAUCGAUACCCAUCGUCUUCGACGACGUAGGCCUAUGAUUGAUACUUCCGAGAAAAAAAAAUCAUUUUAAAAUAAAUGCUCAUCAGCGAUCAGGGCCGGAUAGUAAUCUGCAUAUAGGAAGCCAGGCAGUGUUCGGUAGGCCCUACUCCACACUAGGCACCAGCAGCAAUUUCAUUGAUUUCAAUUUGUUGCGCAGGCUCCCGAAUUUUAGGCACAGUACCUAUUUGUGCCUAUAAUAAUCAGGGCCUGUCAGCGAUACUUUCAUUCAUCGCGGCGCCACGCUUCUUGUGUUGAGAGGAUACGGUUUCACUCUACUGGAGAGAAUGAUGGCAAUAUCAUCUUGGUGGAUACUUCUUACCUGCGUGAUUUCCCGGUCAGCCUCAGCCUUGAUUGGGUGUCCGGACGACAAAUGGGAGUCAUUGAACGGGAGGUGUUACGUCGUUGGCUACGCGCUGAACUCGGCUUGGUACCAAGUGCCCUGGGAGCAGGCGCGGGAGAUCUGCAAAGGGUUGGGUGGAGAUCUCAUUGUCACAAACACCGCGGAAGAAUACGAGUUUGCUUUCACUUUGAUGCAGAAUACUGGAGACCAUAAGUUCAGCUGGACUAGGUGUUCCACGACUAGUGCCGGAGAGCUGUGGACGUGUGCGGAUGACCCUUCUAGCUACUCGCGGUCUGAUCCUGGGAGCAGUGUCGGUUACUGGGACUGGCGUACCGGUAGUCCGUCGGACCCUCCGUACUAUGCGAGCCGUUGCAUGAACCUGUACCGCUUGGUACCACCGUACGGCAUGUACGAAAACCCCUGCACCAACAGCAAAGGGUUCAUCUGCGAGAUGGAGGCCGUGGAAGUGCCGACCACGCUGCAAUCGCUAGCGAGGACAACGGCAAAAGCAAAGACGGUGUCCGCGAAGGAAGGUCUUUCAAAGCGAGCCCGUGUGAGUAGACACAGAGUGGUUCUGCGUCAAGGGGGCAUCGGAAGGCUGACCAACUACUGCCUGAAGAGCGAGUCCCUGCUCCGUGCUUUGCCGGCUAAACAAGUCAACCAGUGUGCUGCCCUCUGCCUGCAAGAUAGCCGCUGCCGGUCCUUCAACUACUUCGGCGAACGGCAGACGUGCCAUUUGUUCUUCGUGGAUGCUUCGGAUGUCGAUAGUGAUGGGUUUGGUGAAGACGAGGACUGCGCACACUACGAGAUACAGCGGAGCAAUCUUGAUGUCGGAAACUGUGUCUGAUUCGUUCUUUUGUCCGAAAUUUGUCCGAAAAAAGGCAUAAAAAUAAAAUGUAAGAAGUAAUUAAAUAGGUGUAAAGUAGUGAGAACUGUUAUAUUUUGUGUACUGCACGUGUAAUCGUGAAAAUAGACACUCUGUAUGGGGGACUCGCACUAAAACCAUGGAGGAAGGAAUUACCACAACUAAACUAAACUCAGGAUCUUUGAAAGGAAAAGGCGCAAGGAGAUUGAAUUAAUAGAGACAAGGGACACAAUUCGAGAUUUCAAACCAAAAAGGACCAAAAAGAAUUUAUUUACAAAAGCCUUAAACCCAAAACCAGAAACUAAAAGCAAAGAAUAAAACCUAAAAAACAACUAAAACCCUAAAACCAAUACCAAAAACUUCAAAACUUAAACCAACACAGUGUGUAAUAAUAAGAAGACCUUCCCAAGACACUUUGGAAGAAAAUCUGUAAAACAAGAUAAGAGAGUAAAGAAUAUAAUAAGCAACAAGUAAACAAUGCAAACAAAGUCGAGCUCCACUAGGUCUAGAUAAUAAUACAUGUAUAAACAAAGUCACGUGGGCGUGCUAUUCAGUCUUGCCAAGAACACCAAAAUCUCUUGUGAAUAUUUAAUGAGCGAGAUAAAAACAGUGAUAGAUAAUAAUAUAUGUAUAAACAAAGUCACGUGGGUGUGCUAUUCAGUCUUGCCAAGAACACCAAAAUCAGUGAUCACUGUCUUCUGCAUGAAUGCCAGGUGGGACUAAUCACCAAGGGGGUAAUUCGUAUUCUUUAACAAUAAACUUGCACAGGUCCAAGCAGAUAAGAAUAAAUGAAACAGGUGGCUAUAAAUACAAAAUAAAGGAAAAGGCAAAUCUACAGUAAAUGAACAGCUUGAACAAGUCUAGCUCAUGAAUAAAACAUUAUUCAAAAAAGGUAAUGAAGAAAAGACAUUUUCCAUCCAACCACUAAAAUCAGAGUUCAAAAGAAAUCAGAGAACUUACAGCAAAAAUAAUCAAAGCUAAUAAUUGAAAAGGCCAUGCAAUGCAUCUAACAACCACUCAAGUAAAAUCAGGCAAGAAAACCCAAGUCAUUUUCCUCAAAAUUAAGUCAAUGAAAUAAAUCAAACUUCUGACAACACAGUUUUUCUCAAAAAUAACAGAACUCUAACGAUCCUGAUCUAUAGAUUCAAGCAAACCUUCCUUAAGCGAUUUCCAAACCCAAUCUCAAAACUUCAAGUGAUAAUUCUUCAAGGCUGUUCGUGAACUGCGUAAAACUUGUCAAAAACUCAACAAAACUAAGACCUAUCAAAAUUUCUAAAAACUUAAUAAUACACUUAAUGAGAAAUACAAAGAAAAACAUACACAUGUAGGCCUAUAUCAAAACUCACCAAUAACUCGAGCAGAAAAACACUCACACAGGGCAAGGCGCACCCAAGAAAAAUCAAGGGGGAAAAAAGGCUUAAACAUUUAGUGUUCUCUCCACUGCCGCUGGUCUGCUACUGAUCAUGAGGGGUCUGUGGUCUUACAGGGUGGCAGGGCACAUGGUCUUGGUGGAACGGGGGAACCAAAGUCAUGGGAGUACCGGUAAUUUACAUACCAUGUGAAGUUGUUACCGGGGAAAGUUCAUCAGGGGGAUACACUGCUAUGAAAGGGUUGGGGACAUCUAAUAAAAACGCUGGAUUUCCUCGGGGGGGCUACUCCUAUACUAAAGCAUACAAAAAUACAUUGAAAAAAUACAAGUUAAAUUUGGCCCUGCCACACACGAUAAAAACUUAGAACCGAGUAACGAAAAACACCGUUGAAGCUUCUUGAUAUUAGAUAUAGUUACUUUGCAUUUUCAUCAGAAUUAUAAGCUAUUUUGUAAUUAUUUGUUUAGAAAUUAAGCUUGAUCACAGAUUUAAUAUCAGUUUCUGAUCAAAAGUUAUACUUAUAACUGCGUAAUAGAUAUUAAUACAUACAUCUUAUUCUUUGUUUCUUCGUAAUUCUCCUUCUUGCACAAUCAAUAGUAUAAGAUUAACAGUCAAUUUGGGACAAACAGUAAAACUAAAUUUUGUUCGUUCUGAGUAUUUUUAAAAAGAAUUUUGAGGUAUGGGCAUUUAGCACUGGUAUCUAUGGAAAUUUUAAUACAGGAGUGAGAUGAGAUUUGAAGGUUUGCAUGGUGGAAAGAUACUAAGACAAGAUAAGUUUGCGGUAGCACCAUGUGUGAAU